GGCAGGACCGGUCUCCCGGCGUAUUUUUCAGGGGGGCAGCGCUGGCCCGCACUCACCCUCUGUCUGUCUCUGCUUCCACCGGGGCCACGACUCCACCUCUCCGGUCGCCUGGAGCCGCGCGGACUUUGCCCCGUCCGCCCGUGGCUCCGUCCCGGCGGGGCGGGGAUGCGGGAGCGGGGCGGGGCGGCCCCAGCGCUGCGGGGCGGGCCCGGGCCGGGCCGGAGCUGCCCGGAACGGCGACGACGACGGGAUGGGGUGGGUGCUGCUGGGCACGGGGCUGCUGCUGGCACUGUACACGCUGCUCCGGCACGGGCUGCGCAGCGCCCCGCGGCCCCGCGCCCGCCCCGAGCUGCGCGGCCGCACCGCCAUCGUCACCGGGGGAAGCAGCGGCAUCGGCGCGGCCACGGCGCUGGAGCUCGCCCGGUGCGGGGCCCGCGUUAUCCUGGCGACCCGCAGCGCCCGGCGGGGAGAGGCCGCCGCCAGCCGCAUCCGCAGGGAGACAGGGAACAACGAGGUGCUGUUCAUGCAUCUGGACCUGGCCAGCCUGUGCUCGGUGAGAGCCUUUGCCAGCACCUUCCUGCGGCAGGAGCCCCACCUGCACCUCCUCAUCAACAACGCAGGGGUGAGCAUCGGGGGCACGACAGAGGAUGGCUUCAGCCUCCCCUUCCAGGUGAACCACCUGGGCCAUUUCCUGCUGACCCAGCUGCUGCUGGAGCGGCUGCGGAGCUGCGCUCCCAGCCGGGUGGUCAUCGUGGCCUCCAGCGCUCACUGCGCCGGCCGCCUGCACCCUGAAUCCCUGGGCCGGCCGCCCUCGGGGCUGUUCUCCACCUUCCAGGACUACUGUGACAGCAAAUUGGCCAACGUGCUGCACGCCCGUGAGCUGGCCACGCGUGAGCAGGGCACACAGGUCACCUGCUACGCCGUGCACCCAGGUGGCUGCUGUGGCUCUGAUGAGAAGCAAUAUGUGUAUGGAGGCUGGGCCUGGGCAUGGUGGUGCAUUACUGACACCCAAAGAGUGUCUUUGGAGGUUUUGACCAUCCUCUGUCGCUGCGAGAAUGUUGAGACGUCGGAGGGGGUCCCACUGUACGUAACAGGGGUUGCACAGGUGAAGAUAAUGACCGAGAAGGAGCUCCUGGCUGUGGCCUGUGAGCAGUUCUUGGGGAAGAACGUGCAGGAUGUGAAGAACGUGGUCCUGCAGACACUGGAGGGACACCUGCGCUCCAUCCUGGGUACCCUGACAGUGGAGCAGAUCUACCAGGACAGGGACCAGUUUGCCAAGCUGGUGCGGGAGGUGGCAGCUCCCGACGUGGGUCGCAUGGGGAUCGAGAUCCUGAGUUUCACCAUCAAGGAUGUCUAUGAUAAAGUGGAUUACCUGAGCUCCCUGGGGAAGACUCAGAUUGCAGCUGUCCAAAGGGAUGCAGACAUUGGAGUGGCAGAAGCCGAGCGGGAUGCUGGCAUUCGGGAGGCAGAGUGCAAGAGAGAAAUGCUGGAUGUCAAGUUCAUGGCAGAUACCAAAAUAGCAGAUUCCAAACGGGCUUUUGAGUUGCAGAAAGCUGCCUUCACUGAGGAGGUCAACAUUAAGACUGCAGAAGCCCAGCUGGCCUACGAGCUCCAGAGCGCCCGGGAGCAGCAGAAGAUCCGCCAGGAGGAGAUCGAAAUCGAGGUGGUGGAGCGCAAGAAGCAGAUCGAGGUGGAACAGAAGGAGGUGGUCCGGAUGGAGAAGGAGCUGAUGGCCACCGUGAAGCAGCCGGCCGAGGCCGAAGCCUAUCGCAUCCAGCAGAUCGCCGAGGGCGAGAAGGUGAAGCAAAUCCUCCUUGCUCAGGCGGAGGCGGAAAAGAUCCGCAAGAUUGGAGAGGCUGAGGCUUUUGUGAUCGAGGCCGUCGGGAUGGCAGAGGCUGAGGGGUUGAAGCUGAAAGCACAAGCGCUCCAGAAGUAUGGAGAAGCUGCCCAGCUGGCUCUAGUGCUGGAUGCACUGCCCGAGAUCGCUGCCCAAGUGUCUGCUCCCCUCUCCAAAGUGAAUGAGAUCGUUAUUCUCAGCGGAGAGAAAGGCAGCACCAUGUCCGAUGUGAACCGUCUCCUGGCUGAGGUCCCCGCCUCCGUGCGUGCCAUCACUGGUGUAGAUCUCACAAAGCUUCCCCUGUUCCAGAAAGCCACCGAGGCCAAGGAAUGAGGUUGGCCAACCCAAAGCUAGUGAAGAUCACUCCCUGUUAUGCACUCAAACAUCAACUGCCUUCGACACAUGGGAAUUCCUUUUAUAUCAAAGACAAUCCGAGUUUCAUUUGUAACUGGUGCCUUAUUUUGUAGGGCCAGAAAGAUGCAUGUCCUGUCUGCUGCUCUUUUUAUUCCAAGGCUGGGAGAGGAUUUAUUUUCUAAUUAACCUUGUGUUGUCUCAGGCCAAUCCCAUCCCCGGUUAUGACUGGCAGCUUCUCUGGCGUUGCAGUCCCAGUGCCUUGCUGUUCUCUGCCCUGGGGUGAACACCUGGAGCUGGGAGCAGAGGCUUGGGAUGUGGAGCUUUAGGAAAAGAACCAGGACCCCCUCCCCUGGUCUCCUUGCCCUCUCUCAGUGACUCUCCUGGGCACUGUCCCAGCCCUGCCUCUGCCCACAGCUGUCCCUGUGGCUGGCUCUCCCUGUGUCUCACCCCCAGGGCCCCCACAGUGCCAGCAGCCCUGCCCAGGCUGGGUGGGUGGCAGCCAACCCCCCAGGAGGGUGACAAUCCAGCACUAGCAGUGGGUGCUACCCUCUCCCAUGCUGGCUCCCCUUGGGAAAUUUUCCUCAUAGGAUCUGGAGCAGGGAGCUCUCCACAGGGCAGAGGGAGCCCAGCUCAGCCCUGGUGAGGUCCCACCACCAGAAAUACCAAAAAGGAGCGCUGUGCCAAAGCCACCCAUCCCCUGAGAGGGCAGUGUCCCCAGAUGCUGUGGCACUUCCUGACCCCACAACUCAAGCAGAAUGGUGGUCAGAGGUGGGUUGGGGGACCAGCAGGACACUGAGGUGGGGACAGGCUCCUCCAGCACAGCCUGUACAGCUGCCUCUGCCUCCCUCCCUCCCCCUGCCUCUUAUGGCCAGUGGCUUUGCUGUCUUGUGACAAUGUGAAAGAGGUUGUCCCCUGUGUGUGCCCGUCCUCCCCACAGUGCCACAGAGCCUUGUGCUGGCCCUUGCCCCUUCCCUGCCUGUCUCGAUGCCUGUGCUCCAUGUGGCUGGCACAGCCAGACCCUGUGUGAAGUCAGCCUGGCAUUGCUGGGGGGCUGGUGGCAUUUGGGGGUCCUGCGCCCACAGCUCAGUGCCCCCACCCCGUGCCAUAGGGCGGGGGCAGGUCCCUCCCGGUGCUGUCCUUUGCCAGGAGUGACCCACGGCUGGGGGGGCGCGGCUGCUGCGGGGCCCCCCCGUGCCCUCCCAGCGGCGUUAUCGGUCCCCGGCCUGCGCUGGCCCGUGGGCGGCGGGCAGGCGUGCCGGGCCGGGCCGGGCCCUAUCUGCAUGUGCCUGCGCCCGCCACCCCGCUGCUGAGAGAUAAUAAACCCUUGUCACCUCC